AUGCAACCUCCCACCGCCACCCUGCUGACGCCCCACAGAGCCACCAACGACGCCAACGAAGACGGCCACGACCAGAUCGGCUCCACCAGCUCCACGCCACCCGGUGCCACAACACCGCGCCCCGAUCCGACGGACAAGCGACUGCCGGGUAUUCUGCACAGUUACUUUGGCCAGGUUCGUGACUCUCUCAUGCCCGGAAGAAAGCCUUCCACGAACCCCAUCCCCGCACCAGUCCCUUUGUCUGCUUCGUCGGACCCCCCAGAGAAAGAGGAGGCUUCAGAGACGCGUCCCAAAAUGCUGCCCAGCCCCACUCCCAGUGCCUCUUCCCGAACUCCUUCAACCUCGCAGUUGACCGGUGAAACGGAGAAGCUAACGCAAGGCGGUUUUGCGCCACCCCAAUCUCAGGCUACUCCCCCUCAGACCCCCCGCACUCGUUCACAGGAAAGCAAGCCGCUGCCCUCGAACCUGUCGCGGACGUCGAACGCAUCGGACAAGUCGAAAGAGAGUAUCAAGAGCAGCAAGUCUGCCACCUUUGUCGCGCCCAAGGGGAAGCUUGCCGUGACAAUAUCAGAGGGCCGAGGACUACGGCCCAGUGUGGAUCCCUAUGUCGUCUGCCAGUUCCAGUGGGCCGAGUACAUCUCGGACGGCCCGAGACACGAUGAGGCAAAGAAGGGUCGCCACGCACCCAUGCAGAUGAGGCGGACAGAGAGCGAGAUGGGCAGGCCCAUGGCCAUUCCCAUGAAGAGUCGACAGAGUAGCAACAGUGGCCAGAGCUCGGAUCCCAGAGAGAAUAGUGCGCCGGAAGAGGUGACGAAUCCAAAGUGGGAACACGAGGCGAUUUUCGAUGUUGUGGGAGACCACGCUGAAGUGGACAUUUCAGUCUACGACCGCUCAAAUGGCGAGGCGUUCUUGGGUCACGUUCGAUUCUGCCCCAACCUGGUUGAAUACAAUGAGCCAUAUGACGGCUGGUUCCCCCUAGAACCCAGAGAGGGCGAGGGUGGCAAGGUGACGGGAGAGAUUCACUUGAAGCUCAACUUCCACAAGGUCGACAAGAAGCACUACGGCCCAGAAGAUUUUGAGAUCCUCAAGCUCAUCGGAAAGGGCACGUUUGGCCAGGUCUUCCAAGUCCGCAAGCGUGACACUCGCCGCAUCUACGCCAUGAAGGUGCUGUCCAAGAAGGUUAUUGUACAGAAGAAGGAGGUGGCACACACAUUGGGAGAGCGCAACAUCCUUGUCCGGACGGCCAUGGCAGACUCACCCUUUAUUGUGGGCUUGAAGUUCUCCUUCCAAACGCCAUCUGAUCUCUAUCUCGUCACAGACUACAUGUCUGGCGGUGAGCUCUUUUGGCAUCUUCAAAGAGAGGGUCGCUUCCAGGAAGCUCGUGCAAAGUUCUACAUUGCCGAACUCAUCCUGGCUCUGCAACACCUGCACGAACACAACAUUGUAUACCGCGAUCUCAAACCAGAGAACAUCCUCCUGGAUGCAAACGGUCACAUCGCACUCUGUGACUUUGGCCUGUCAAAGGCUAACCUUACCGAGAAUGCAACUACCAAUACAUUUUGUGGUACGACCGAGUACCUUGCCCCCGAGGUUCUUCUGGAUGAGCACGGUUACACCAAGAUGGUCGACUUCUGGUCACUUGGAGUACUCGUGUUCGAGAUGUGCUGUGGAUGGAGUCCUUUCUACGCGGAAGAUACCCAGCAAAUGUACAAGAACAUUGCGUUUGGCAAAGUCCGAUUCCCCCGCGACGCGCUCAGCACAGAGGGCCGGAACUUUGUCAAGGGACUGCUAAACAGGAACCCGAAGCACAGACUUGGCGCAACUCGGGAUGCCGAAGAGCUCAAGGCUCACCCUUUCUUUGCAGACAUUGACUGGGAAGCGUUGACCAAGAAGAAUGUGGUUCCUCCAUUCAAGCCCAAGUUGAAGGGAGAACUCGAUGUCUCCAACUUCGACCCUGAAUUUACGAAUGCUCUCAAUAGCGGCAAUGGAUCCCUCAACGCACGAGCGGCCGCUCUGGCUUCCGGUGUCAACCCGGCUUCUACACCCCUAUCGCCAACUAUGCAAGCAAACUUUGCUGGCUUCACCUUUACCGACCAAAGUACAUUGGAUCAACAGUUUGGCAACAGACAGCACAAUGACAUGGAGCGAAUGGAUGAAGAUGAAAAGGAUGAAGUAGACUGGGACAAGCCUGCCGGGCGCGGAGAUAGAAUGUCUGGAGUCAUCCCCAGCAACGACCACGAUAUCUUCAACCACGGCAACUUUGACGUCUAG